AUGCCUGCAGAGCCGUCAAAAGUGCCGCCGAGCCUUACUGAGGUGCAAGUAUCUGCUAUCCGGCGAGCUGCAGCAGAUUUACUACCAGAAUGCGCAAAGUUCCUGGCCUCACUGAUUCAGAUUGACACCACCAAUCCUCCUGGCAAGAAUUAUCCCGAAUGUGCACAACUCAUCGGAAAUACUCUGAAGUCAUUCGGGUAUACGGUGGAAUAUGUCGAGGUACCUGUGCAUCAGCUCCCGACCCUCGCACCGAGUGGUGAAGGUCUGCGCCGUGUAAACGUGAUUGGCAGGCUGUCUGGCAGCGACGGCGCUCAAGGAAAGACGCUGCAUGUGAAUGGGCACUUCGACGUCGUGCCGAUUGGUACAGCGGCGAAUUGGAAGUACCCUCCAUUCGGUGGCGAGGUCCAUAACGGUAGGAUGUACGGACGGGGAACUGCCGAUAUGAAAGGAGGCAUUGCUGCUCAGGCAUGUCAAUUCGGCUCCGAGAUCUUCGCAGUAGAAGCCAUCAAAAGAGCUGGUCUUCGCCUCGAGGGCAACAUUGAACAGUCAGGGGUAGUAGACGAGGAAACCACUGGCAUUCACAAUGCCGGCAUGGGCUUCCUCGUUGAUUCGGGCCAUAUCAGAGCCGACAAGAUCGAUGCCGUUGUAAUAACCGAGCCACUAAACACGACUAACGUCUGUUGUGGACACCGAGGCACGAUAUGGGGUGCUAUCACCUUCCGCGGACGAUUAUCGCAUGGAUCGAUGCCGGGGCUCGGGAUCAACGCUCUUCAUCACGCAUGCACGUUCGUGCAUCUCGCGACGACCACCCUUUGCCCUAAACUUGCGUCACGCGUCGACGAGUCGGUGAUUCCUGCUGAAGCGCGCAUGGCUUCAUUGGCUUUCACGAUCCUCAAAGCAGGAGAUAACAUCAACAGUGUGCCUGACAUUGCCGUCGUGCACUUCGAUAGGCGCAUCGUGCCUGGCGAGACCCUUGCAAAUGCGCGUAAAGAGAUAAUGGAUAUCCUGACAAGCAUGAACGACAGAGAAGAUUGCACGGGGCUCGAUUACGAGUACAAAGAGGAAUAUGCUACCGAGGCGACCUGGGUGGAUCCGAAGCAGCCCAUUUCGCUGAUCUUCCAAGAUGCCAUAAAGGUGGUGACGGGCCAACAGGCAGGCAUUCGCUUCCUGGUCCAUUCAUUGAGGCCCGCAAUAGAAUCCACAAUCGUCUACGGACCAGGAUAUAUCUCCGAGGCUCACAUAGCGGAUGAGAGCAUAGACCUAGAGAAGGAGCUCAAGGUUGGGAUGGAGGUCAUGGCAUUAGCAUUUGCUACCUUUCUUGGUGUGGAUGAAAUACAGGAAGCCUGA